CGUCUGAGCUGGCAUUGAUGCAAUCCCACUCGGCGAUCCACCACCAAGCGCGCAAUCAUUUUCUCGCUCCAUCUUCCUAUUCCCUCACCCCUUCAUCCAACUGUACGUCUACCAAAUCCUCAUUUUCCUCCAAUAAUUUCAAAACUUGCAGUUGAACCAGUUCGACAACUUUGAGCUCUGGCGACGAUGAGCAGCGGGGGGAGAUUUUAUUGGGUGCGGAAUCCUGGAGAAGAAUUCAAAGCCAAGGGAAUAGUCGUGGUUUUCGCCUGGGUUUCGGUCAGCGAUGUUCAAUUGAAAGAUUUCAUCGGUCUCUACUCUUAUCUCGGAUGGAAUUCUCUUGUUUGCCGCUCCGAUUAUCUGAAUCCAUUCAUUCCAGAGAGAGCUACAACACUGGCAUUUUCUGUCCUUAAUGAGCUUGUCAAGGAGCUUAGAUGUGGACCAUCGCCUGUAGUUUUUGCAGCCUUUUCUGGUGGUUGUAAAGCUUGUAUGUAUAAGGUUCUCCAGAUUAUUGAAGGAUGUUCUGAAGUGGAGCUUAGUCUGGAGGACAGUAGAUUGGUCGCAAGCUGCAUCUCAGGCCAGAUCUAUGAUUCUGAUCCUGUAGAAUUUACUACUGACUUGGGUGCUCGGUUUGCUUUACAUCCCUCCAUACUCAAAGUUCCUGGUUCAGCUAAGCUAGUAUCAUUAUUUGCAAAAGGUGUUACGUCAAGCUUGGAUGCUCUAUUUAUCACCAGGUUUGGAUCUCAACGUGCAGAUUACUGGCGAACACUUUAUUCCUCAAUUGGUUUGCGUGCCCCCUUUCUCAUUUUAUGCUCAGAAAACGAUGAUGUUGCUCCAGUUUCAACUCUGUGUAACUUUGCCCAGCGUAUACGGGAAUUGGGGGGUAAUGUCAAAGUUGUGAAGUGGAGUACCACUGCCCAUCUAGGUCAUUACAAACAUCAAUCAAUACAGUAUAUGACUGCUAUAACUGAGUUGCUUCAGCAGGCAGUGUCGAUUUUCUCUGAGAAAAUUCAGAAACUAGAGAAAAAGUCUCGUAUGGAUGAUAUGCAUGACGAAAUAUCUGAACUGAUAUGUGACCUCCAGAAUGCAGCAGUCCACUCAAAUCAGAGCUUCAGAAGGGUUGCAGUUGGGCCAAAUGACCACUUCUUCCUGCCAAGUUCAUCGGAGUAUCAAGACAGAAAAGAGUUUGGGUCUGUACCAGAGGACCGCAAAGAGAGGUCACCCCAUCGUCCAAGCCCUUGUAUGAGCGCAAAUAGUGUUCUUGGCCAAAUACUUUUUGACGUAUGUGUUCCAAAGAACGUUGAAGGUUGGGACAUUAAAUUCUCAGGUUCCUUGAACGGAGAGCCAUUUGCUUCUGUGCGUAGGAGGUCCCCUUUUGGUGGCAUUAAACACAGAUCAAGAUUAUGAGAGUUUUUGAGGUAUCUGAUGUGGGGUUCACUUUCAGAUUCUUGGAUUUAAGUAGCAUAUCAUUUGCAGAGUGAAUCUGCACAAAACUAAGCUGGAAAUUUGUCUACUGAAAUCCUGAGAGGGGUGGAGGAUAAUGGCCUCCAACCACACGCCACGUGAUUUUCAUGGAGUUGCAGAUAACAUAGUUUACUGCAACUCUUGCGCUGAUGCCACGAAAUGUAUGGUACUUAAAGCAGAUCGAAAUGAGGAACACAGAGUUCAUAUGUAAAGAUAGCCCUGUAGUACAUUAAGCGCCUCCUUACCUGUGAAAUCACUCGCUACCUUGCUGAUCUCAGUUGUGCUGAUAACGGGAUGACGUCUGGCGAAUAAUAGGAACAGGUCGAGAAAGUUAUCUCCAUAUUCUCUUUGCUUAGAAUGUUGUAUAUAUACUGGCAGAUUUGUAUAUGUUAAUAUAUACAAAUCCAACAGCUGUAAAAUGCUUUGGUAAUAAGUAAAAAUAAAAGUUUACGACC